CCAAAAGAAAAAAGAGAAGGAAAAAAACUGCCGCUCAUUCUCUGCUCCAUCUUCUUCUCCCUCAGAUCCGCCAUUGUUUCUCACUGUUUUUCGCCUAACUUCAUUCUAUGGUCCUUUGAUUUGAAUAGGAAGAGGUUUAAUACCUUGUUAUUUUCCUUGAAUUGGUGCCUUGAGUUCGGUUUUGUUCCUGGCAAUCCGGCCUCAGACCAUGCCUGCGGCCAAGAAGAUUUUCGACCGAAAUCACAUCGGACAGGCGUUCAGCAAGUUGCUGAAGCAGAUUGGGGAAUCCGAGGAUUUUGAGCUGCCGGAUUGGUUGAACAAAGGGAAGCCUACCCCUUACGUCUUCAUCAGGCGCAAUAUAUACCUGACGAAGAAAUUUAAGCGGAGGCUUGAGGACGAUGGCAUAUUCUGUUCUUGCUCCCCUUCUCCGGAUUCUUCAACUGUAUGUGGCAGUAAUUGCCAUUGCGGGAUGCUAUUCUCAAGCUGUUCCUCCAGUUGCAGAUGCAAAUGUGGAAGUGAGUGCCUCAACAAGCCGUUCCAACAGCGACAUGUUAAGAAGAUGAAGUUAGUUCAGACCGAAAAGUGUGGAUCAGGGAUUGUGACGGACGAAGAUGUCAAACAAGGAGAGUUCAUCAUUGAGUAUGUAGGGGAAGUUAUCGAUGACAAGACUUGUGAAGGAAGACUUUGGAACAUGAAACACCGGGGUGAGACAAAUUUUUAUUUGUGCGAGAUAAACCGAGAUAUGGUGAUUGAUGCUACUCACAAAGGAAAUAAGUCGCGAUAUAUCAACCAUAGCUGCAACCCUAAUACAGAGAUGCAGAAAUGGAUAAUUGAUGGUGAGACGAGAAUCGGCAUUUUUGCAACCCGUGACAUAAAGAAGGGACAGCACUUGACCUAUGAUUAUCAAUUUGUUCAAUUUGGUGCAGAUCAAGACUGCCAUUGUGGUGCAGUAGGUUGCAGAAGGAAGCUUGGGGUAAAACCUAGCAAACCUAAAACUCACUUUGAUGCUGCCCUAAACCUAGUUGCAGAAGCGGCUCGGACACCACCCAAGGUGCAUCAGAAUGGAAGUAUACAUGCAGUUUGGGUCCCUACUUUCCUCCAGGAAAAUCAUGGAACACUCAUAGCCAAGGGCAAAUAUGCCCCCGUAAUUGCAUCGGCGUGGUGGUCAGGUUAUCUCGACCCACGAGGCAGAGGUGUUUCGGCAUCAUCAGACAUUAUGAUGAGUAUUCGGGAAAGCAUUCGGUCAUGUUCGAGGAUGGUGUCACCGAGUUCAUCGACAUGGCAAGAGAAGACUGGGAGCUCAUACCCGUUUGAUAUUAAUGUCGUUUUCAGCAGUUACUCUCUAGAAGUGUUCGUGUCUGUACAUUGUUGGACCCAUUGUCCAUUUUGUACGAUGUUCUCCUGUGACGACUCUUAGAGCGUUUCAUUUCAAGAAUUGCCUUCUUCACUUUUAUGUUAUGUAAGUUCUAUAUAAAUUACAGGCUUAUAAGUUAACAAGAAUGAUGAUUUUAAUUUGA